AUGGGCUGUAUCCAAAGCAUCACCUGCAAGGCGCGGAUCCGGCGCGAGAACAUCGUGGUGUACGAUGUGUGCGCCACCAUCGACCAGUGCCCCACGCGCAUCGAGGAGACCUCGCCCAUCGUCCUGCGCUACAAGACCCCUUACUUCAAAGCCUCGGCCCGCGUGGUCAUGCCCCCCAUCCCCCGCCACGAGACCUGGGUGGUGGGCUGGAUCCAGGCGUGCAACCAGAUGGAGUUCUUCAACACCUACAGCGACCUGGGCAUGUCAAGCUGGGAACUGCCUGACUUGAGGGAAGGGAGAGUAAAAGCCAUCAGUGAUUCGGAUGGGGUGAGCUACCCCUGGUACGGGAACACCACAGAGACUGUGACCCUGGUUGGCCCCACCAACAAGAUCUCCAGGUUCUCUGUCAGCAUGAAUGAUAACUUUUACCCCAGCGUGACAUGGGCAGUGCCAGUGAGUGACAGCAACGUGCCACUUCUCACCAGGAUCAAGAGGGACCAAAGUUUUACCACCUGGCUGGUAGCCAUGAACACCACCACAAAGGAGAAGAUCAUUCUGCAGACCAUCAAGUGGAGGAUGAGAGUGGACAUUGAAGUGGACCCUCUUCAGCUGUUGGGGCAGCGGGCCCGGCUAGUGGGCAGGACUCAGCAGGAGCAGCCCCGGGUUCUGAGCCGGAUGGAACCCAUCCCCCCUAACGCACUCGUGAAGCCCAAUGCCAAUGAUGCCCAGGUCCUCAUGUGGAGGCCCAAGAGGGGGCCACCCCUGGUUGUGAUACCUCCUAAGUAG